AUGGCUUAUGACUUAAAGCAAGAAGAAGAAGUGAAGGAGUACAUAGAAAAUCUCGGCAUUGAAUAUCGGUUCGGGUGUUAUAAAGAGCAAAAGCCGGAAGUGUGUCAUCUUUUAGGAGAUUACUUAGAGGCUAUAAAAAAGGAUUUUGAUAAGGCAGCGAAAGUGUUUAAGAGCAAUUGUUUGGAUUAUAAAUUUGGGAAAUCAUGUCUGAAGAUUGGAAACUAUACGCUUGUGGGUCGAGGGAGGGAGAAAGGUGAUCAUGCAGAGGCAUUGAAGUACUUUGAAAAAGGAUGUGAAUAUGGAGAGCCUGGAGCGUGUCUCCACGCCGGUUUGCUGCUUACGGCCACAGGACCCGGCGUGACCAUACAACGGGACGUGCCCAAAGGUUACAACUACCUCAAGAAAAGCUGUGACCAGAAUGAUCCAAUGGCGUGCCACUACCUCUUCGGAAUGUACCUGACUGGUGUACCAAAGAAUGUAGCAGAAUUCAACCCUCACAAUCCGGAGAAAAACAAAAACAUAGAAUACUUAAUAAAAUCAGAUAAAAAACAAGCGUUCCAAUUCGCAAAGAAAGCGUGUGAACUCGGUCACAUGUAUGCCUGUGCAAAUAUCGGAAUAAUUGGCGGGUCAGGAUUCGAUGACCCUACCCUGUUCGAGAAUCAAGUUGAGAAGGAAGUGACGACACCGUUUGGCAACCCGUCAGAUGUGUUGAUUGAGGGGCAAAUCAAAGGGAUCCCUUGUGUGCUACUAGCUAGACAUGGAAGAAAACAUCAGUUUCAACCGAGUGAUGUCAACUACCGUGCAAACAUCUGGGCCCUAAAGCAGGUCGGGUGCACACACAUCCUGGCGACCACUGCCACCGGCUCGCUCGUCGAAGAGUACAAACCUGGCGACCUCGUCAUAUUGAACGAUUUUAUUGAUAGAACUUGGGGUCGUAAGUGCACGUUCUACGAUCGCACUGAAGGCGGUCCUAAAGGAGUAUGCCACUUACCAAUGCGGCCUGCCUUCUGUGAGCGUGCUAGGAACGCCAUGAUUGUCGCAGCUAGAGCCAGAGGGUAUAGGCAUCAUGAAACUGGCACUGCCGUCGUUAUACAGGGACCUAGAUUUUCGAGCAGAGCUGAGAGCCUGAUGCACCGACAAUGGGGCGGCCAUCUUGUCAACAUGACCACAGUCCCAGAGGUCGUACUUGCGAAGGAAGCAGGUCUAAGCUACGCUGCGGUUGCUCUAGUCACAGACUACGAUUGCUGGAGGGAGAAUGAAACAUCAGUGUCAGUAAGCGAGGUUCUAGCAAUGUUUGCUAAGAACGUGAAGAAGGCGGCUGACGUCAUCAUUGACGCAGUGCAAGUGCUCGCCGCUGAGACGGACCUCGAAUAUCUUGGUGCUCACAAAGAACUGGUUUCAUCUGCAAUUAUGCUGAAGGAAUAAGUGAAACAUGUACCUUAUAUACAGAGUUAUUUUCUA